AUGUCGCAGUGCCCUCGCGACAACCGGUGCGAUAAGCCAAAGGGGCACGCGGGGUGGUGCCGCACGCAGGGCGGUGCGCGCUCCGGAGCUGCGCGGCGGAGCAGCGGCGCGGCGGCGGCCGAUCGCAUCGCGCGCAUGGCUGCCCUCGGAGCCCAGCGCGGCAUGACCAAGGCGGAGAGGCGCCAGCAGCGAGUGGAGGAGGAAUGGGGCGGCUCGGACGAUGAGGAGCGGCAGCUCGAGAGCGGCAGCGAAGAUGGAGCGGCUGGCGAGGGCGGCGGCAAGGCGGCGGGCUUUGGCGGCCACCCCGACAGCGCGUUGGAGGCGGUGCGGCUUCCGCGCGCGCGGCUCGAGAUGUGGCAGGUCGAGCCCUUCUUCGAGUCGAUGGCGAAGGGAUGCCUGGUGCGGAUCGGCAUCGAGCACGACGGCUCGAAGCUCUACCGCGCCGCACUCGUCGCCGGCGUCGCGCAGGGCUGCGAGCCGUACAGCCUUGCCGGCCGCAAGUGCUGCAAGAAGCUGCAGCUCGACUUUGGGGAGGCGACGCUGCCCUACCCGAUGACCGUCGUCUCCAACGGCGAGCUCUCGAGCGAGUUCGAGGCCGUCGAGCUGCGCGCCUUUGAGCAGGUGCUCGAGGCGCGCGGCCGCUCGCCCUUCUCGGGAGCGCGGCUGGCGGAGAAGGCGGCCGAGCUGCGCCGCGCGGUCGCCGGCGAGCGAAAGUCCUACUCUGAGGCGGAGGUGACGCGGAUGGUCAACCAAAACAGCCAAAACAAAGCUGCCGGCGCGGCGCCCCAGCUCACCGCGAGGCAGAAGCUGGCGCAGCGGGCGGGCGUGGGGAGCGGUCAUGUUGCGGUGGCGCGGCCGAUGCAGAUGCAGUACGACCGCUUCGGGCGCGCGAUCGUGCAGGAGCAGCAGGGGAGCUGAGAGGGUGCUGCUGCUGCGCGCCGGCCAGCUCGGCCUCCUGGACGACAGAGGCAGCAGGGGUCGCCGGCCGGGAGUCUGCUGAAAGCUGGCUGGCUUACGAUUUUCCCACGCGCAACGAGCGCGCUUUCGCGGGUGCGUUGCGUCAGGACGGAGUGUAGAGAGGUCUUUCACGGAGGGGGGGGGGGCGGAGCGGAGUCACACGCCCGUCAACACGUCACAAAAACGUGUGUGUAGCGUGUAGCGGUGUAGGAAUAAAAAUACGUU